AGGCUAAUUAAUUUGAGCUAAACUGUUAAACUGUGUUAAUUGGUGAUGACGUCAGCUUUAUCAUAAUUCACUCGAAGGCGUUAAUGGGAAUUUUGCCACAAUCUGGGCGUGUGAAUAGCAGAUUAUCAGCGCCCACGUAGAACAUUUUUAUUAUCAAGAUGGAGAACUAAAAAAGUUAAUAUUGGAAUACCUGCGCUUAUAUGAAACGUAGUUUACUUUUUGUAAGGUGAUUUGUUUCUGUAUUAUAUUUUAAAUUUAUAGCAAAAAAUGUAUUUUCCUGUACCCUUUAUGAUCUAUGAUUUAAAAAAAAAAAUAUGUAACUGUACUGAGAUCUAGCCUUUAUUUGAUAUGGAGAUUUUCUAGUUUUGGUUGUAACCAUGUUAGGAUGAUAUUCUGCUGCUUUUUGGAGCCUUGCUUUUUUAGUAGUCCAUUAUAAAUUUACGGGUCACUAUUUUUGCUAUGUAUUUAUCGGCAUGUUAUGCUUGUAUUAAAAACCCUUCAUUUUUAUGCAAAAGAUAUAUUUAUGUGUAUAGUUCAUAUCUUUACGAAUUUCGUUCGGUUUGAUCAUUUAAAAUAAAUCAAGGAAGUCAGAUAAUUUGUUAAUAUCAACAAUCACAAUUGGGUUGGCUAGGGUGUUUUUGAAAUGAAUUACCUUUCAGUAGCCUGAUUGAGAAAAAAGCAUUAAUCAAGUUUUUUCAUGACAAGCGUUAUUUGUCUUGAAUGUAGUUAGAAGUUUUCCUUUUUGAAUGAUCUUACAUUGGUUGAGAGUAUACGUUGUCAACAUUCAAGUUCACUUACUGCAAUCAUUCUUUACUGCAGCAUUCAGUGAUAUUUUCUGGGUUAUUCUUAUUUGUCAAUGCAUCCUUAAAUGUUUUUUCGUACAUUGUUUAGUCCUGUAUUUCUCAGUUGUUCUUCUUAGAUGUUGUUUUUUCAGUUGAUGAUAUUUUCUUUAGAUAUAAGAUCUAAUUAAUUAACAAUUCAGACAAUGGCACCAACUACAGUUUCACUUUGCGAAUUAUGGUUAAAGUUAUGUUUAUAUGUUGAGAACUUUAUAAAACAAGCAUUAUUAAAUGUUUUACACAAUGUGAACAAUAAAAAUACUUACACAGGUUUACCUUCCGAUCCAAGCAGAUUAUAUAGCCAACUGCAAAACCAUCAUACAAAAUUAACCAAGUUAAAGGAUAAAAAGGUAAUCAACAAUGAUCAGUGGUUGCUUUUGUUUCCUGCUAAUCUACAAACCGACUCUACAAAAUUUGAUCCUACGUUAAUCGUAUUGUUAAUUAUAAAUUGUACAAAUCUUCCUCCUCCUAGUGGAGGAUGGAAACAAAAAUGUCCAUCUACAAAUGAUAUGAGUGUUGGUGCAUUCGUUUUACGUGCACGUGAAUUUAGAAACAUGAUCAUGCAUUAUAGCAAUCCUUCUAUUUUAAGAGAGUCAGAAUUUACUACCAUCUGGUUGGAAGGUGAUCAGAUUUUAAAUGGACUUGGAUAUGCCAUCAAUACGAAUACAUUAAAGCAUGAUUCACUUGAUCCUGAAAGGAUGGACUAUUUUAGGCUAUUUCUGAAUCAUCUACAAUAUGGGCAAAGCCAAUUACAGCGACUAGUUGAUGAAAAUACAACUGAUGUAUCUAACCUUGCAAAUUUCGCUAGGAAGGUUAUUGAGAUUAAAGAGAGCAUAUCUGACAUUAAAAAAGACUUUGAAGCACAAGAAGCCAAUCAGGAAUUAAUUGUUAAAAAAAUAGAUGAUGCAUUUGCAAAAAUCUCUCAUUUAAAUGAUAAAUAUGGUAAAGAAAUUGACGAAAUGAAAGAUGGAUUUGCCAGUUUGAAAGUACAUUAUGAACAUCAUGAUAUAAGAAUAUGUAAGCUUGAAAAAGCUAGUGGUGAUGAAACACACUUCAAAACUCACCAACACUUUUUCAACGUACAUCAAAAUGUAUGUAAUUUCACUGGAAGGGAAAGUGUUUUGGAUGAAAUAUACAAACAGUUAAAUACUCCAACAAACUAUAGUUACAGUGCUGUUGCGUUAACUGGUUUAGGUGGUAUUGGUAAAACAGAAACAGCUGCAAGAUAUGCUCAAACCUACGGUAAAGAAAAUUACAAAAAUGUAUUUUGGCUUCAUGCAGAAAAUUUAGAGUCGCAAUUAAUUCAACUUGCAUCCGUAUUAAACGUCAACUAUCGUAAUAAUUCAAUUGAAACUCUUAUGUUUUCAAUUUCCAAAUCAUUGGAGAAUUCAAAGUGCUUGUUUGUUUUUGACAAUGUGGAAGACAUGGAGUCCAUGGAACCAGUGCUUAGAAACAUAGGUCGAGAACUAAAUCCACACUUUAUUAUAACGUCCCAAUUUAGUAAGUGGCCUGGAUUGGGAAUACAACAGAUUGAAAUUGACGUAUUCACAGUAGACGAGGCUACUAGGUUAUGUGAGUUCGUCGACGAGUCGGAAAAAGAAGUUUUGAAAGAGCUUAUCACAGAAUUAAAGUGUUUGCCAUUAGCCAUGCAGCAAGCUGUAAGCUACAUUAAAAAACAUUCUACAACUGUUACGGCGUAUCUUGAUGGAUUUAAGAGGAACAAAAUGCAACUUUUGGAUAUUAACCUUAAGAAAAUUGGAGAAGCAUUGUAUGGUAAAACGUUAAUGACGGUAUGGCAGAUGGCAUUCGAAAAGCUGAAGCUGAACAAACAUAAAGUUGCCAUAGAUGUUAUUAACAUGAUGUCUCAUAUGGAUGGAAAUUUUAUUAAUACAAAAGCAUUUUUAUUUCAUGAAAAUAUAGAGGAUGAAAUUGAUUUGAAUGAGAUUGUGGGAAUGUUGUGCGAAUAUUCUCUCAUAUCGAAGAAGAAUAGUGAUGUAACUCGAGCUGCCGUUGUUACUAUGCAUAAAUUGGUUCAAAAAGUGUUAAAAUUGUAUUCUGAAAAUGAACAGUCAAAUAAGAAAAAGGAAUUUGUUCAAGAACGUUUAUGUAAUAUCUUGGUGAAAGCAUCCCAAAGUUCACCCUCAUGGGAUAACGACGAAGAAAACAUCUGGUUUUUACAUGUCAAAAAAUUGUGGAAAGAAGGUUUGAUCUUUAAUAACUUAACAUUUAUGCGAAAUGCUUUCACUAUCGCAUUUCAGCGAGGGGAACAGAACUUUCACAAUGACGUGUUGUCUAAGUGUAUUUUAAAAGACGAUGUUCAUGUUAACGACAAUGCUUCAUCUUUAAAGAGCAAUAUUAGAAGGUGUAACAUUCUUGUUGCUUGCGGUCAAAAUAAGGCGGCGAUCGAUUCAUUAAAGAAAAUAUUAAUUGAUUAUAAAAGAGAGUUGGAAAGCAAGAACUUUGUUGUUCUUUAUUGGAAGUUAAAUUACGCUGCUCUUCAUUUGCACCAUGGUGAUCGGGAAAAGGGAAAAAAGAUGUAUGAAAGUGUUAAAAAUGAUAUAAAGACUUGUCAGGCUGAUUAUAAAAUGGAUGAUGAAAAUUAUGCUACUUUAUUGAAAUUAGAAAUGUUAAUAUUGUAUGGGUUGAAUGAAUUUGAAGCUGCUAUGAAAGUUAUUAAAAAGUUAGAGAGAAAAGCAGAUAAAUCUACGUUUAAUGGAAUACAAAACAGUUUUGAUAUGUUACAGUGCAAAGCCCACAUAUUAUGUAAUUUAAAAGAUACCAUCCAGGCAUCCAACGUAGUAGAUGAGUUGGAAUCUUUGCUUAGAAAAAAAAAUAUAAAACAGUCCCACAUUAAGUAUAUAGAAUAUACUCUUCUUAAAGCAAACAUAUUUUGGCUUAACAAAAAUUACGAAGCAGCUCUAAAUGUACUUACUCUUGAAAGUAGCAAAUUAUCUGAAAUGUGUAAUUUAAGCGGCCAAACUAUUUUUACAAACAUUGGAUUAAUACACCUAGUGAAAGGGCGAUACAAAAUUGCGUUGGAAAACUUCAACAAUGCAAUAGAUAUUUCAAAACAAUUCGAAAUUAACAAUUCAAAUCAUGCAUCAUAUGUAAAUUGUCUAAAAGGACUUACUUUAUUACGUUUAAAUAAAAUUAAUGAAGCUGUUGAAGAACUUUCAAAGAAUUACGGCGAUAUCCAGUUUUCUCCUGAAUUAGAAAGAAUUGCGCAGUUUGCUUCAAACUGUGAUAAAUUGCGUAGUUUCACAAAAGAGAGAAAGGAGAAGUAUGGUGUUUACAGUAUGGAAUUUAAGAAACUGUUAACUGAUUGUCAAGACAAAAAAAGAGAAUUGAAUAGAUAUGUUGAUUUAAUUGUUAACAACUUCAAUUUUGUUGUAGCACUUAGUUGGUAUAAUUGUGUUAUUGAUUAACCUCUCUUCAAAUGUAAAAUAUAUGUGUUUUAAACAUAUUUAUCUAUCAGGCGCAAAUACACUAUCAGUUUUUUACACUCCACGAUGAUAGUGGUACACAGAUAAAAACGAUUUUCUUUUUCAGUUCUUUUCGAUGCACCUUAGCAAAGUAGAGUAUUUAUCUACUUUGCUAAGGCGACCUACUUCCACAGUUUCUAUAUUUAUCAACAUAUCCGACUUCUGAUUAGUAGGGUACCCCUCCAUUUAUAUAGUUUUUGCCCUGCCUUGCAGCCAAAAGUGUCAAAUAACAAUAGUUAAGAGCAUUAAAAAAAGAUAUAUAUUAUGUAUUAGCUUAUUAAAUAAUUUGGUCAUUUAGAAAUACGAAAUUGCUUGAUUUCUUGCUAUAUUUGAAAAAGCAUUUCUUCUGUUGGUGACUAUUUACUUACUUGUUUGUGUGUUUCAAUCGUGAGCGUGCGCGAGCGCAAGCUAACUUAACUUGUUUGUGUGUUGGUUGUUUGUUUGUUUAUAGUAACGUAUAUUUACAAGCAUAUUAUAUUAGUAAUUUGGCACAGUCAUUUUUACUUUAAUCAAUAUUGAAAAGAUGUAAAGUGACACUGUAGAAUGUAAAAUAAAUAAAAAACGCUAUUAA